AUGGCUUCCGCGUCCGGAUACAGCAGCCAGGAUGUGGAUGCUGAGUACCUGAAGAAGACCACGCAGGAGUAUGUUCUCGCCAGCAGUGAGAAGCUUUCAACUCCGGAGGUGGAGGGAUACGAUUUCAACAAAGGUGUGGAUUUCAACGAUAUCCUGUCGUCCUUCAGCAGCACAGGAUUCCAGGCCACCAACCUGGCAAAGGCUAUCGAAGAAGUCAACCGCAUGCUGGACUGGUCCCUUGCAGAUGAUCCGGUGCCCGAGGACGAGGUUGAUGAGUUCAAAACGGAGGAGGAGCGGCGAAAGGUGAGGACCAAGAUUUGGCUGUCCUACACAUCCAACUUGAUAAGCUCGGGACUUCGGGAGUGCCUGCGCUUCCUUGCGCAGCACAGCAUGGUUCAAGUCAUGAUAACCACUGCGGGUGGGAUUGAGGAGGACAUAAUUAAGUGUUUGGCACCGACGCACCUCGGCGAAUUCUCUUUGGAUGGGACUGGACUUCGACGACGUGGUAUCAAUCGAAUUGGAAACCUCCUCGCCCCAAACGACAACUACUGUUUGUUUGAGGACUGGAUAAUGAGAAUCCUCAAUGCCAUGCAUGAUGAGCAGGAAAACGACGGUGUUGUGUGGUCUCCGUCCAAGAUGAUUCAUCGAUUUGGCAAGGAGAUCAACGACCCCGCCUCCGUCUGCUGUUGGGCAUAUCGCACCCACGACUUGCUUGUUUGCUUGAAACUGCUUUGUUUUGCGUUUGGCGAAGUUGCCCAGUGUGCAUGCAGCUCACGUGAGGCAACAACAUACCCAUUUUCUGCCCAGCGAUUACGGAUGGCUCAAUAG